AUGCCCGUUUUUACCAAUAACGAUUUGGAGGAAAGAAUUCACUUUCAUAUUACAUCGUGGUACGACGAGGUGGAAGACUUCGACAACGCGAAAGUCGGACUAGUGAACUAUUCUAACACGGCGUGGCAACUCUCCUCUUACAUUCCCCUCGCAUCGGCGACGUUCAUUUACGUAGGUUGCGGCCGCGCGAUUUACACGCUCGACUUGAGCAAGACCGCGGUGGCGCCAAGCGGGUUUGAGAAUCAGGUCGAAGUACUCGUGUGUAAUUACGGACCCGUCGAUCGCACAGCAUCCCAGCAGCUCUACACGCUCGGCCGACCAGGCCUGUGCCCGCUCGGAACCCUCCUCAGCGAUCGUUACCCGUCUCUCUGCAGAACGAUACAGGAUUCGCCAUUUCGGGGCAAAUUAAGCCGAAGAUCGCAAGUAAGAAAUAAGCAACAGAUAAGCAAUCGUACAUCUCCUACUGUUUAUAUUAUCUCUCUAAGUCAGCUAUUGUUAUUCUGUACAAUAUCGCUAUACUUAACGGUGCGAUUAUUAUUGUAUCGUAGAUAA